AGUUAUUUUACGCAUUCCAAGAUGACCGUUACCUUUACAUGGUGAUGGAAUACAUGCCUGGUGGGGACCUUGUGAAUUUAAUGAGUAAUUACGAUGUUCCAGAGAAAUGGGCAAGAUUUUAUACUGCUGAAGUUGUACUUGCAUUAGAUGCAAUUCACUCAAUGGGUUUUAUACACAGAGAUGUGAAGCCUGAUAAUAUGCUGCUAGAUAAAGCUGGUCAUUUAAAAUUAGCAGAUUUUGGUACUUGUAUGAAGAUGAACAAGGAAGGAAUGGUACGAUGUGACACAGCGGUGGGAACACCAGACUACAUCUCUCCUGAAGUAUUGAAGUCCCAGGGAGGGGAUGGUUACUAUGGGCGGGAAUGUGACUGGUGGUCAGUUGGAGUCUUCUUGUAUGAGAUGCUUGUAGGCGAUACACCUUUUUAUGCAGACUCUUUGGUUGGAACGUACAGUAAGAUUAUGAACCAUAAGAACUCCCUUACUUUCCCUGAUGACAGUGACAUUUCUAAAGAGGCAAAAAACCUCAUUUGUGCCUUUUUAACUGAUAGGGAAGUGAGGUUAGGACGAAAUGGUGUAGAAGAAAUUAAACGGCACCUUUUCUUCAAAAAUGAUCAGUGGGCUUGGGAAACACUCAGAGACACGGUAGCACCAGUUGUGCCUGACUUAAGUAGUGACAUUGACACUAGUAAUUUCGAUGAUCUGGAAGAAGACAAAGGAGAGGAAGAAACAUUUCCCAUACCAAAAGCAUUUGUGGGCAACCAGCUUCCUUUUGUAGGAUUUACGUACUACAGCAACCGUCGGUAUUUAGGUGUCCCUGCAGAAAAUUCCAAUGACAACAGAAUGGGCUCCAGUGUGGACAAAAGUGUGCUGGAAAAUAUGCAGAAGAUGAUCUAUGAGUUAGAAGAACAGCUACAUAAUGAAAUGCAGUUGAAAGAUGAAAUGGAGCAAAAGUGCAGAUCUUCAAACAUAAAGCUAGACAAGAUAAUGAAAGAACUGGAUGAAGAGGGCAGUCAGAGGAAGAACUUAGAAACCACGGUGUCUCAGAUUGAGAAGGACAAGAUGGUGUUACAACAUAAAAUAAAUGAGUACCAAAGAAAAUUUGAACAAGAGAAUGAAAAAAGACGCAAUGUGGAAAAUGAAGUGUCCACACUAAAAGAUCAGAUGGAAGACUUGAAAAAAAUUAGCCAGCAUUCACAAAUUUCAAAUGAGAAGAUAACACAGUUACAAAAACAACUAGAAGAAGCAAAUGAUUUGCUGAGGACAGAAUCUGACACAGCUGCAAGACUGAGAAAGGGUAACACAGAAAUGAGCAAGUCAUUAAGUCAGGUAGAAUCACUGAACAGAGAGCUGCAAGAAAGGUGCAGAGUUCUGGAAAGCACAAAACUGCAGGUGGAGAAGGAUUAUUACCAACUACAAGCAGCUUUGGAGUCAGAACGAAGGGACAGAAGUCAUGGAUCUGAAAUGAUUGGAGAAUUACAGGUUCGGAUUACAACUUUACAAGAAGAAGUAAAAAACAUUAAAAACAAUCUUGAUCGAGUGGAAGCAGAAAGAAAACAAGCACAGGAUAUGCUUAACCAUUCAGAAAAGGAAAAGAAUAAUUUAGAGAUAGAUUUGAACUACAAACUGAAAUCCUUACAAGACCGGUUAGAACAGGAAGUCAAUGAGCACAAAGUGACUAAAGCACGGUUAACUGACAAGCACCAGUCAAUAGAGGAGGCAAGAUCAGUUGCGAUGUGUGAAAUGGAAAAAAAGAUAAGGGAAGAACGGGCAGCAAGAGAGAAGGCAGAAAAUAGAAUAGUUCAAGCUGAAAAACAGUGUUCCAUGCUGGACUUUGACCUGAAGCAAUCUCAGCAGAAACUGGAACAUCUUCUUCAGCAAAAGGAAAGACUGGAAGAUGAAGUAAGGAAUCUGACACUUAAGCUAGAACAAGAGACGAAUAAGCGAAUAAUGGCACAGAAUGAAUUAAAGGCACAAGCUUUUGAAGCUGAUAACUUGAAGGGUUCUGAGAAGCAGCUGAAACAGGAAAUCAAUACCUUGUUGGAAGCAAAGAGAUUACUGGAAUUUGAGCUGGCUCAACUUGCAAAACAGUACAGAGGAAAUGAAGGUCAGAUGCGUGAGCUUCAGGAUCAGCUUGAAGCUGAGCAGUAUUUUUCGACACUUUACAAAACUCAGGUUAAGGAACUGAAAGAGGAAAUUGAUGAAAGGAAUAAAGAAACACAAAGGAAAAUGCAGGAGUUGCAAAAUGAAAAAGAAACACUCGCUACCCAGUUGGAUUUAGCUGAAACCAAAGCUGAGUCGGAACGGUUGGCACGGGCACUUGCUGAAGAACAGUAUUAUGAACUGAAUCAGGAAAGCAAAAAAGCUGCGUCAAGGCACAGACAAGAAUUGACUGAUAAGGACAUCAUCAUAAGAAGGCUGGAAGAAACUAAUAACACUUUAACCAAAGAUGUUGAUUUAAUAACAAAGGAAAACACAGAGAUCAGUGAAAAAUUUAAGAAACAAGAGGAAGAUUACAAAAUGAAAAAAGAGGAGGAAAUCAAUAAUAUUAGAAUGCAUUAUGAGAAGAGCAUAAACACUGAAAGAACUCUGAAGACACAGGCUGUCAACAAACUGGCUGAGAUAAUGAAUCGGAAAGAUUUUAAAAUAGACAGAAAGAAAGCUAACAUGCAAGAUUUGAGGAAGAAGGAGAAGGAAAACCGAAAGCUCCAAUUAGAACUUAAUCAAGAAAAAGAGAAAUUCAAUCAGAUAGUAGUGAAAUACCAAAAAGAACUUAAUGAAAUGCAAGCGCAACUAGCAGAAGAAUCUACAUACAGGAAUGAGCUCCAGAUGCAGCUGGAUAGUAAAGAGAGUGACAUAGAACAACUACGAAGGAAAAUCAUGGACCUUCAGCAAGGAAUGGAUUCUACCAGUGUUGCCAGUCUUCCGACAGAUGAAACAGAUGGAAAUCUUUCAGAAUCAAGACUUGAAGGUUGGCUUUCAGUACCAAACAAAGGAAAUAUAAGGCGGCAUGGCUGGAAGAAACAGUAUGUUGUGGUGAGCAGUAAAAAGAUACUGUUCUACAAUGAUGAAAAAGACAAGGACCAGUCUAAUCCAUCCAUGGUACUAGAUAUAGAUAAGCUGUUUCAUGUCCGGCCUGUAACUCAAGGAGAUGUAUAUAGAGCUGAAACUGAAGAAAUUCCUAAAAUAUUCCAGAUUCUCUAUGCUAAUGAGGGGGAAUGCAGGAAGGAUUUGGAGGUAGAACCAGUACAGCCGGCAGAGAAGACAAAUUUUCUAAAUCACAAAGGCCAUGAAUUUAUUCCCACGUUAUACCACUUUCCAGCCAACUGUGAGGCCUGUGCCAAACCUCUCUGGCAUGUCUUUAAACCCCCUGCUGCCCUAGAAUGUCGAAGAUGCCAUGUGAAGUGCCACAGAGACCACUUAGAUAAAAAGGAGGAAUUAAUUGCACCAUGCAAAGUGAGUUAUGAUGUAACUUCAGCAAGAGAUAUGCUCUUGUUGGCAUCCUGUCAAGAUGAACAGAAGAAGUGGGUGACGCAUUUAGUAAAGAAGAUCCCUAAGACACCUCCAUCUACUUUUGUUCGUGCUUCUCCUAGAACUUUGUCUACAAGAUCCUCAGCAAACCAGUCAUUCCGAAAAGUUGUUAAAAAUACUUCUGGAAAAACUAGCUAACCACAUGUACAGUGCUUAAUGGAACCUCAUGGGAUGCAGUCAGAGAAACAGGGCUUUUUUUAACCACACAGAACAGUGCAGACGGGCUGUUGUUCCUUUCAACAUAACUAUCACAGGCUUCAGGGUUAAGAUUGCUAUUACUGUCUCCUCCUUGCUUUGGCACAAAAGCACGCUGAGGGUGUUUAAUUGCGGGUUUGCCUCAAGGUAGAUUAGAUUAAUUAUUACUAUGUAAUGCAAGUUAAAGCAAAUAAAGCUUAGCUAGGUAUAUAAAAAAGGUGCUGCCUUUUUGGAUUUUUUAAAAAAGCCGACUUUCUUCGUACCAGUGAAAGAAAAGGACUGUUAACCCUGUGAAGGGGAUAUUUAUGUCAAGAUGAGCAUAUGAAACAGACUAGAAGAGGAAGGUUUCUCAGUGAGAAGGACUGCAAUUGCUUUCAAGACUCUUAAGUUGUGCUCUUGAAGACUGCAGAACUAGCUUAAAAUGAAGCCUUAUCACUUGAACUUCAGUGCCUUCACUGCAGAGUUCUUUACAGCCUUAAUGCUAACCACCCACUAUGGAAUGGAUCAAAGUGUUAAAUAUUUUGCAUUAUGCUUUACAAAAUACUGAUGCAGCAGGUUUGUAAAGGGGGGAAAACAAAUAAUUGCCUUUAAUCUAUGCAUUUUUGCCAAGCCAUACUGAAUUAUUUUAUUGUUAGAGGCAUUAGAAACUAACAGUAAAAAGAACCACCGAGUUUGGAAGCAUAUUUUGGGGUACAUAAUUUCUAUUACUGUAUAAUGUAUUGCCUUACAAUUUUAAGUGAUAACGUACAUUAAGUUAACAAACACUUAAGAAAUAUAUGCACUGUUUGAACUGUAAAUUAUUCUUAGAACACUUUUACUUGGUUUUACAUUGUUCUUUUAGUGCCUUAAUUUGAGAUAAUUGUAUUAUUGCCAUGUCGAUAAGUGUAGAAACCUAAAACUAAACAAAAGAAACCUCUAAAAAACUAUUGCGUAUCAGUAGUUUUUACUGAAUUUUAAUUGGUUAAAGUAUUGUAGAUGCUAGAUGCAUUUCUAAAUUAAGUACAAUCUUUGAGUGAGAAUUCCUCUUACAAAGAAAGACUGAUUCUUGUUCAUAAGUCAAGAGAUGUAUAGGCAAUGCAAAAAAAAAACAAAAACAAAAGCUCUGGGUAAUUCAGGAAUUUCAGUAAAUGCUGUCAGACUCUUGCUUUGUAGCAGGAAUACAUUCAUGGUAUGGGCAGUAUGGUUUUAUUUUAUUUUAUUUCUUAACCAAAUACCUCCUCAGUAAUUUAUAAUGGCUUUGCAGUUGUGUAUUGAAUAAGAAGCACUGGAAAACUGAUUCGUCCUUAGGACGAUUUGCAUGUUUCAAGUGGUAUUGAAAGCCGCACUGAUGGAUAUGUAAUAAUAAACAUAUCUGUUAUUAAUAUGGUAAUGACUCUGUGCUCAUUUAAUGAGAAAUAAAGUAAUUUAUGGAAAGACCCUUUUGAAAA